CACGCACACGCACACGCACAGCGACAGCUCCAUAACCCUGACGCAGUCCUUCUGAGCUUUCUUCACUUUUUCUUCCUUUUCUUCACUCUCGUCCCGUGUGGAAGGGCGUCCUCUGCUGCCCAGGUGAGGAAGGUGCACUCGGUCGGUCGGGGCGAACAUGGAGACUCUAGAAAAGCAGCUUAUUUGUCCCAUUUGUCUGGAAAUCUUCACAAAGCCCGUGGUCAUUCUGCCAUGUCAGCACAAUCUGUGCCGUAAGUGUGCCAACGACAUCUUCCAGGCAUCCAAUCCUUACUUGUCAACAAGGGGCAGUUCCACAGUGACCUCUGGUGGUCGUUUUCGCUGCCCGUCCUGUCGACAUGAGGUCGUGCUGGACCGACAUGGAGUUUAUGGUCUGCAAAGGAAUUUGCUGGUGGAGAACAUCAUUGACAUGUACAAGCAGCAGCAGGGCAGCAGUUCCCCAUGUCCUCCAGUGAAAGUGGAGCAGCCCAUGUGUGAAGAACAUGAGGAGGAGAAGAUCAACAUCUACUGUGUUACCUGCAGCGCCCCCACCUGUUCACUCUGUAAAGUCUUUGGACCGCACAAAGACUGUGAGGUGGCGCCACUGAACACCGUCUUCAACAAACAAAAGGCGGAGCUUACUGACUGUAUUUCCAUGUUGGUUGGAAACAAUGAGAGGAUCCAAGCCGUCAUGGUCCACCUAGAGGAGACCAGCAGAACUGUCAAUGAGAACGGCAGCAGACAGAAGUCCAAGGUGUGUGAAACCUUCGACCACAUCUUCGCUCUCCUGGAGGAGAAGAAAAGCCAGAUGACUGUGAGGAUCAGCUCGGAGCAGGAGGAGAAGCUGGAGUACAUCCGAGGUCUGAGGAGGAGGUACAGUGAGCACCUGGAGACGACGGCCAAGCUCCUGGAGACCACCAUCCAGACCCUGGACCAGUCUGAGAUGGCUGCCUUCCUUCUGACGGCCAAACCUCUGCUGCAGCAGAUAAUGGAGGGAACCAACACCUCCCACCUUGAAAAAAUCCAACAUGGCUACGAGAAGAUGGACCACUUCACUGCCAACUUUGAACAUCAGAGACGAGUGCUGAGCAAAGUGGACUUCAUCAGAGUCGAUGACAAGGAUGACGACGAGGACGAAGAGGAGGCGGAGUCCAAAGUGACAGCAGCUGCAGCCAAUCAGCAGCCUCCUGUGAAACCUGCUCAGCUCCUGGCUCCACCCCUUCAGAGACCCUCAGAAACCCUGCCCACUGUGACGUCACACACCAAAGAGCCCGCCCCCUGCCCCUCCCCCUCCACCCAGCCCCUGCCCACUGUAUCACCCACUGCAACUUCCAGCUCUGCCCCCCAGCAGAAUGAAGCUGAGGACAGAGAUGGACCCAAACAUGUCUUUUCCUUCAGUUGGCUCAACCAAAAGUGAUACCAGGAGCCCUGGACCAGUCUCACAGAACCAAAUCAGAACCCGGACUUGACUCGGACCUAGUCCAGACCUGGUCCAGACCUGGUCCAGACCUGGUCCAGAUAGACUCUGUUAACAACAUAACAUUUUAGAUCG